CCUUAUUUUUGCAGGACAAAAAAGUAUCUAAGGGAUUGUAAAGUUUUACAAAUUGUUCUACGAGCAGAACCAUGUUACUGUUAGCAAUUAUCAGUUGUGCAGCAUUGGUGUCAUAUUGUGAUAGCUUCCUGUUAGGUGAUAGUUGUCUAGCACCUGCACCAUGCACGUGUUCGGGGUCAGGAUAUUCAUAUGCCUACAUCUAUUGUCAGGGCAAGAGUCUCAAUACCACACCCACUUUUUUGAAAGCUGAUAGACAUGUGUCAAAGUUGACUGUAUAUCUGCAUAGCAACCACUUGACAACUAUACCUAACUAUGCUUUUAAAAACUUAAGUGCGGUCAAUGCGACAAAUAUAGAUUUCUAUCUUGAUAAUAAUAAGAUAUCUUCCAUUGACAGAUAUGCAUUUAAUGGGGUUGAAAAUGUAACAAAAUCAUUAAGUAUGCAAAAUAAUAACCUAACGAGUAUUCCUGCUGCUGUAUAUAACCUUCCAGUUCUUAAAGAAUUAUACAUUCCAGGUAACCCUAUCAAGUCCUUAGGUGUUUCUACCCAAUCAGAAAUGGGAAAUACUCUUGAAGUACUUAACAUAGAUUUAAAGGAGUUCACGUCAUGGCCAAAUGAACUUGGUUUUUUAAGAGUGUUAAAAUCUCUCACAUUGUACAACAUAAACGUCCAACAUAUAAAUUCCGAAGCUUUUCGAGGAUUUGAAAAAUCUCUUCAUACCCUAGACAUAGAGCACGUUCCUUAUUUAGACAAAAUCCCAAAUGCCAUUUGCCAACUGUCAAAUUUACAAACCUUGACCCUGAACUAUUUCGCAAAACUAAAUGAAAACACCACUUCAAUAUUUGAUCACUGUAAUAGUAAAUUAAACAAAGUCACUAGCUUAAAUUUGAGAUAUAAUCAUCUUACAAAAUUUCCUGAUGUUUUUCAUAUCUUCCCUGCAAUAACAUACUUGUUUCUUGAAUCUAAUGCACUUGACAUUAUUGAAUCUGAAAAGGUUCCAAUAACCAAUGUAUUGUCUCAGAUACAGCUGAAUAGUAAUGAAUUCAAAAGGAUUCCUUAUGCUUUAAAUAGAAUGAAAAAUCUUGUAUACAUUUACAUGGAGAGCAAUCAUAUUACUUCAAUUGAAUACCACGACCUUAGCGCGCUUACUAAACUUCAAACUCUUGAUUUAACCAAUAAUCCUAUAAAAUACAUCUCAACCAACGCUUUUCGAAACAACCCUGCAUUACGAUACCUCCAUUUAUAUGGCACAAACCUUCAAACCAUUCCGGCGGCUGUAAUGUAUCUUCAGCAGUUGUAUAAUUUUGAUAUACGUACAGCAGUCCCAAUUUCAUGCACAUGUGAAAUGUCCUACUUAAAGAACUGGAAUGCAUCUUCUGUCAGAAAUUUCUAUGGAAAUUGUGCUUAUUCUGGUAUCAAACUACAGACAUUUAUAAUGACAUCAUUACAGCACUGUCCAUAAUAGUUUGUGAAAGGU